UUUAGUUUUCAGUUGUCACCGGUUGACCGUGAGUGGCUGGUCGCGUAAUUAUCAUAAUUAUUAAAGUUACAUAUAUAUGUAUAUAGAUAUUUAUUUAUCUAGAAAAGUGGUCUUACAUAAUUUAUAAAUAUUACACAAUAUUAAAUAUAUACAAAUUAUUGAAUUUGUUUACUGUAUAGUCGAUAAUUUAAAACGAUUUUUAAACGCGGAUUCAUAACCAAUAUGAUGCCGGGUUUAAAUACUUACACGUCUUAUUAUCAGUGACUUUUACUUGUGACUUAAAAUAAUAAUACGCAAUAUUAAAAUCUUAAAAAAUGUGAAAAAAUAAGUUGAUAAAUAGUGAACUGACUAAUUAAAAAUAAUUAAUGAUAAUCAAGUGAUUUUAUUUUUUAAGUCAACAUUUUUUGAAAAUUAGUUUUGGUUGAGAGGACGGGAAGUUAAAAUAUGUUUGAAGGUGAUAAUUAUAUUUAAUAAGACACUGGUGCGGCCUUCUUCACUAAGUUAAUGGGUGUGACGCCAUUAAAUUAUUAACAAAUCUCUUAUGAGAUAAUUGUCAGUAAAAUAUAAAUAAUUUACGUUCAAAUAAAUACAAGAGUUUAUCAUGAUCCUGAAGAUUACAGACAAUUAACAAUUCCUGGAUUUUAUUUUUCAACAAAUCAAUUACAAAAAAAACAGAAUAAAAAAAAUAAAAAUAUACACAUGUAGAAAAUUUAAAAAACUACCUUGAAAAAAAAAAUCCACAAAUAAAGAAGGAUUUAAAAAAAAAUUACAAUGGGUCAAUAUUGGCUUAAUGUCGCGAUUCUAAGAAUCGUCGUACCUGGAACAUUUACAGCAUGUACAAUAUGGCGGCCGACAGCACUUUCGCUGAUCUACUUAAUUAUGAUGUUGAUAUCACCAUUUAUUCCGAUACCAACUUCCGAAUCGAUGAAAAAAGCAACCGGGCAUUACUUGAAAUCAUGUAUAGCUCUGACGUUUAUAACCGGCAUCAUACAAUUUAUUUUCCAAAUAAUUCUCUUAUCAGCGCCAUCGAUUUGGGAAAAAUUCACAGAAAACUGCAGCUUCCUGGAAGAAUUAUUCCGACAUAUUGGUCUAGUUCACAUGGACCGCGCGACAGUAUUCGAAGUAUUUUACUGGUUACUUCCGGAAAUAGUUACAUUACCAAUAAUGAUAACUCUGUACUGUCUGUGCCGUCGAUUUACAUCGGAAAGUUAUCAGCAAGAUCCCGAAAAUUCGUCAAUCCAAGAUCAACAUUUGCAAUCAUCAUUGACUAAAUUUGCCGAAGAACGCAAUACUAAAAUAAUAAACUUCCUCGGAAGAAUAGGAACUUACAUAGUUCUGGCAUCUCUAUGUUACACUGCAACCUUAUCACCUUCUGUCGAAGGAGGAUUUUACUUCCUAGUGUUCUUAGGAGCCGCAACCUGGUGGGCAUGCAAUCGGGAACUUGUACGAAACUUUGCGAUAGUAUGCAGGAUUGUGAUGGUCGUCGUGGUAUGUCACAUAGUUGUCUUGAUGUCUUAUCAGAAUCAAUGGCCGCAAGAAUACAUUCCAGUUGACAGUCGUUGGUCACGAUACUUUUCACUUGAAGCUUAUUAUAGAACUAAUUGUACUGAUCCAAGACACACGAUAUUCACUCGAGAAAAUGAAGAAUGGAUUCAAAAUGGAUACGCAUAUGCUCUGAGACUUUUUUGGCUCUACUACAUUCUUGCUCUUCAAUCACAGUUUCUGUUUAAAGCUCCGAAUUUGUCUGAUGAUAAACCAAUAAGGCUAAGCCAGAAAUUAAAAAGUCUGGACACUCAAAUCACGCGUCAUGUGUCUAUGAGACGUAAAACGCCUUCGCAAAGAUGGCAAUCCGCACGUCGAAAGGCUUACACACCUACUACAAAUACUACAACUCAACCAGAUGAAAGAACGCCCAAUAAUAAUGCGCAUAGUGCUACAAACAUUACUGAUACGUUGAUGCGCUUUGGAUCUGGGCGAGCUGGACUUUUACAAGAUUCAACAGGAAGUGUAAUAGUUCAAGAUGGACAUAAUGAUGAUAAUAUACAAAUGCAGUCUAUUGUUGAAGAUACACAAGAAGAUCACCCCGGGCCAAUCGAACAAAUUAUAAUGGCCAUUUAUUCAAUCCUACAAUUGUUCGUCCACUCAUCUUACUUAGCAACAAACAUCUUAAUGAUGACUUGGUCCAUCAUGUACCACAGCUGGACUACUUUCGUCUUUCUCCUAUGGGCACUGAUAAUAUGGAUGGCGCCAAGCAAGCGCUCAGCAAUGAUGAAAUGCUCACCAUUUGUCGUCAUGUACGGAACAAUACUUCUCCUAGUUUGUUAUGUUUACAGCAUGAACUUAACGACCGAUGAGUUACCGAGUACGAUAGUUGAUGGUGUCCCGAUGUCCGAAGUGGGUUUUCCGAACUCAACGGAAUUAAAGAGCUGGCACUUGAUGGUGAAGUGUGGAUUCAUGGUAAUGUUCUGGAUAACAAUGCGCCAAUACAUGUCCGAGCGGCAUCAAGCCCGACAGACAUCAGCGCUCAGAGACAUGAUCGCUCCCCUUCGCGUCUCGUUAUCAGCAGCCACCGCGAUGCAUCACCAGACACCGGAAAUAAAAAGUAAAUUUAUGAAGGACGUCGGAACUGUUGUCAAAAAAUUACUGACAAAAUUCUGGAUUGUCGUCGUCGCGAUAAUGCUUUUCACCAGCGGGAUAACCGGGGAACGAAUGACACUCUUCCGUAUCAUGUAUAUGUCAUUGUUUCUCUUCUUCGUAAUAUCCUUUCAAAUUUCAUGGGUCGCAUGGAGAAAAAUGAUGUACGGAUUCUGGAUAACUGUCAUCGCAUACUCAGUUAUCAUGUUAAUUCUCGUAUAUACAUAUCAGUUUCGCGACUUUAUUAAAUACUGGGAGCAUUUGGGUAUCAACGAACGGUUGCAAAAUGACAUAGGUCUGGAAGUGUACAAAACAAAGGACUUAUUCGUCCGUCUUCUGACACCGACGUUCUUUGUAAUAAUAACCGUAAUCCAAAUCCAUUAUUUUCAUGAAAAUUUUCUCGAAGCAACGGACAUUGAAAAGGUCCAGGUGCUGCCAGAAUCACAGCGCAAUAAUUCGGAUGCUUCAACAUUACCACCGACGUCAACACUGGAUGUUCUCUUGGGCCCGGAUCAAGAAUCAUCAACAAUAUUCACACUCAGACAACUAAAACACAUGUCGAAGUUAGAAAGAGCUGCAUUUUUACGUCGUACUAUUAAGCAGCUCAUUGAUUUUUACAAUUACAUCUGGCUAAUUCUGGAAAUUCAUAUCCAAAAAAUAAUUUUUACAUCUUUGAUAAUACUCUGCAUCAAUGACGUGUGCGCAAUUAAUUUAAUUUUUGUCACAGCGAUUGUCAUUAUCAUUAACUUCAAACGUUCAAUCCAAAUAAUAGGCAUCAAUAGCAUGUCUGUAGCAAUCGCCUUGUUGAUGGUAACAAAAAUGCUCUACCAGAUCCAGUAUAUCGACCCCACAAAUUUCAACGUCAAUUGCACCCGAGAAAAUCCAGAUAACGGCAACCAAACGCUCAAGACUUAUAAUAUCGCCGAGUGGAUUGGGUUGAAAAAAGCCUCCGCUGCAUGGGAUACUUCUGAGGUCAAUGCCAACAAACUACCGAAUAACGAUAAACCUUCUGAGCAAGAAAUGCUGGCGUAUUUACUCAAAGGUUACAUUGGUAUCGUUCUUGUGACGACACUCCGAGCGAUUAUUACCGUGCGUCAAACUUUCUAUCGCCAUGGACGUGGAGAGUCAUCAGAAACACCGGAAGUAAUGUUUCCGAAAAUAAAAAGAGCUGACGCGGACAGAGGAAUCGCAGAGUGUCUUAAAUUUCUCCUGAACUACGGCUUCUAUAAAUUCGGAGUCGAAUUUUGUUUGAUCGGUCUCGUGAUCCUGAUCGGCACACGCUUAGAUUUUUACUCAGUCGUCUAUGGAAUCUGGUUAUUAAUUUUAUUCGCCCAAUCGCGGCGUAGGACAGCCAGAAUUUGGCCAUUCUUCAGAAUAUUUGCCAUCAUUUUGCUGCCACUGCAGUAUUUUUUCGUGGUAGCGCCGCCAACGUGGCUGUGCAUCAACUACCCUUGGGUUAAUAUUUACCGAAGACUUCAAGAGUGGAUGUACCUUCCGGACCCGGACAAUACACCGAAUCCCAGGAAACUGAUAUGCGAUUUCUUCCUGCUUUAUAUGAUCAUUCGACAGAGUUUGGUGUUCAAUACCGAAGCUAAUUCCGUUGCUAACAACAUUGACCAUCCAGCAGGACACAAUUACUCAGUCUUCCGAGAUAUGGACAAGCCGAACUUCGUCAAUCCAGUCAAAGAUUACGUGUCGCACAUCCACAGCUGGUUAGAUGUCAUAAAGAGAGGAGUGAUGAUGAGUUUCAUGUGGAUUACGCUGUCGAUGAUGUUCCUCGCUGGCACCAACAGAACAAAUCUCUUUUCACUCGGUUACUUAAUCGGGGCGUUCAUUUUUCUAUGGCAAGGAAGUGACUUUUAUUUGCGACCACUGAGAGUCAUUCUCAGAUGGUGGAAUCUUUUGAUUGGCUACAACGUCGUCGUUAUUUUUUUGAAAGUCCUGUUCCAGGGGUUCGGCUGCGUACUCAUGACCCAGUUCCAAGAAUCCGCAUGCUGGUUAGUCCAGUUGCUGGGAAUAUCCUGCUACCAGUACAAAAAUUCUCAGUAUAAAAUAGACACGACUGAUGACUUGAAAUGCCCGAUGCCGAGAGAUGACAGCGGUCUGAUGUGGGAUGGAUUCUGCUUCGCGUUUCUUAUAAUACAGAAACGUUUGUUCAAAAGUUAUUACUUCUUUCAUAUCGUUGAUGAAACCAAAGCGAUGAGUAUCCUCGCGUCCCGGGGCGCUGAGCUGCUCGAAAAUCUUCAUCGUAAACGCAUCGAAUUUCAAGAGAGUGUCGAGAAUGCUGUUCUGCAGAAUAUUAAAUUAAAAAUGGACAAAAUAAAAGCUGACCAACAGAAAAUUCGGGGUCCGAGUUACGAGCCAGGGCAUCAUAAAGUUGAUUCGCUCUAUCCGAGAGAUCGGCCAUUGUACAGACGUCGUGCUCCAAAAACUAAUCGAGAGGCUGUGAGAUCUGGAGAUUACUACAUGUUUGAUGACGUGGACGAUGAAGAUGUGACUGAAGCUUUGCCGGAUUCAGAAAUGGAAAUAGAUGAAGACGAGCAACGCCAGCAACAGCGACAUAAAGGUCGUAGAAUGACCGUAUCAGAGCUGAUGUCGACGCUGUUUAAGACAGACAUAGAGAUCGCGACACACGUUGCCAUGUACGGAGGAACACCCAAGGAUGCACUGAGAUUGAGACGUCAAAGUAUGCCGCUAUCCCGCAAGAAAUCAUCCAUGUCCUAUCUAAGUGCACGUUCAGAAACAGAGACUGCCGCGACAACCGAUCAGGAUGUGGACCCUACGAGUGAUGCAUCGGCGGAAGCGCAAGCGAGACGACAGACACAAAAAAGUAAAAAAGAUGAUACGCGUAAGAGUCCAUCGGACUCGGAAGAAAUCGUUGAUGAAAAGGACAGUAGUGAUACUUCUCAAGAAGAUGAUCAGGCCAAGAAGAAAGUUUCUUUCUUCACUUACUUUAAAUUUUUGUUUGAACUUAUCAAUAGUUUUAUAAUUUCUGCUACGAAAUAUUUGAAUAAAUUCUCAAGGGACUAUCGAUACAUUCGUAAAGUUUUGAGCAAAGAAAAAUUAAUUUUAAAGUCCAAACCUGAUUUCCGAAUGGGUAUGAGAUUGGGUAUCAAUCAAAUAUGGCAGCCAAUACCUUUAAUGAAAGAAAGAUCAGAGACGGAAGCAAGUUCACGAGAAACGAUUGCUAUUGAGGACCAGGAUCAACUAGAAACAAAAAGCGAAAGGAAGGAGAGCUUGCUGACUGUGCCACACAUCCGAAUCCUGGCGCCGAGUUUGGAGCGAGGAUUGGACGUGUCCUCCUCCAGUUCAAUGCUGACGCGAACGCAGCCAAUAUCCCAAGCGGACGAUGACGAACCGGAACUGUCAGAAGUGGACCAGCCAACAAUAAUUCAACUACUAGCUUCCAUAUGGUUUGGAAUUCUCGCUCACUCCACAUUCAUGUGCUACUUCAUAAUAUUUUUGCAUCAAAUAAAAAACGCAUCAGUUCUGUCAACUCCUUUGCCGCUGAUGGUAUUUUUCUGGGGCUCACUGACGAUUCCGCGUCCGUCUAAAACAUUUUGGGUGACAGUAAUCGCUUAUACAGAAGCUAUCGUCAUUAUAAAAUGUAUCUUCCAGUGGGACUUGAUCGUCUGGAACCAGGAUGUGCCGUCGCGAAAUCCCUUGGCAACGACAGCAAUAAUCGGAGUCGAACGCAAACCAAAUUACGCGCUCUGGGAUUUGCUGCUUCUUCUGAUGGUAUUUUUCCACCGAUUCAUGCUGAAAUCUCUGGGCCAGUGGACAACUCCAUACGCAACUAGAAAAAUAAUUCCUUCGAAAUUAGUAAUUGGACCAGAACGUUCGUCACCAGUCAGCGGUACCAGUCAAGCUGGAUCAGCUCGCCUUCAAUGGCAAAAUGAAGACCAGUCUCAAUCUAACCAAGACUUGUCUGUAUCAACAUCAAAAGAUCCACCAAAAGCUGCCGGUACAUCAGACGAGGCCUCGGACUAUCAUAAUACAGACAGCGACGACGAGCGUUUGGUUGAAAUGAGAAACGAAGAGACGAAUGUAUGCGACGCAAAACUCACAACAGCAAUAAGUAUGACAUUUAAAAAAUAUCUCGAGCCAACGAAAAAUUUUUUCGCCAACAUUUUGAAUCCCGAGGGCAAAGAAAAAUCAAACGUCUACGCCUACAUGUUUCUAUGCGACUUUUUCAAUUUUCUAUUAAUAAUAUUUAGAUUUUCUUCAUUCGGUACUCAGCAGGGUGACGGUGGUGUCGCUGCUUACCUUCAAGAAAAUCGCGUGCCAAUGCCAUUUCUCGUGAUGAUGCUGAUACAGUUCGCUUUGAUUGUCAUCGACCGCGCGCUUUAUCUGCGAAAAUCAAUUCUGGGAAAAUUAAUUUUCCAGUACUGUCUAGUUGUUGGUAUCCAUAUCUGGAUGUUUUUCUUCUUACCCGGAAUAUCAGGCCGCGCAUUCAAUGAUAAUUUACCCCCACAAAUUUGGUACAUGAUCAAAUGUUUCUAUUUAUUACUCGCGGCCUAUCAACUGCGACUCGGGUAUCCGACUCGCAUACUCGGUAAUUUCCUGUGCAAAAAAUACAGUAUAAUAAAUUACUGUCUAUUCAAAGGGUUUAUGUUCGUGCCAUUUUUGUUUGAAUUGCGCGCCGUGAUGGACUGGAUCUGGACCGACACAUCAAUGACCGUGAUGGACUGGUUCAAAAUGGAAGACAUAUUCGCCAGUAUAUACCAGAUAAAAUGCAUGCGCGGACUGGAAACAGAUUUUCCCCAAGCACGUGGUGAGAAGAAAAAACAACUGAGCAAAUAUUUAGUCGGCGGCGGGUUACUUUUGCUGAUUAUCGGACUUAUUUGGUUCCCAUUGCUGCUGUUUGCUCUCAGCGGCACCGUCGGUAUGUCAAAUAUACCCUCAGAAGUGUCUCUGAGAAUUCAAAUCGGUUCACACGAGCCGAUUUACACAGCGUCAGCCCAAGACGCGUCGAUAUUUUCCUACACCGACGAAGAAUUUAAAUCUCUAAGAGGAAUUUAUACUUCCGACAGACCUGCGCUUACUUUCCUCUACAAUUAUGGACCCAGUGACGUAGCGACUGUCAAAUUGAGUAAAUCAACUCAGAGAAUAUGGGGCAUUACCCCACUGGAGAAGGAGCAAUUGAGAAAUGAAUUGAAGUCAAAUAUAACCAUGAGUAUCCACAUCGAAUGGACGGUAUCAAGAAAGACAGACGUCAAAGAUUUUUCUGGUAUUUCAACGACACCGAAUAUUAUUCCGCUGCCGGCAUACGUCGACGGCGAAUUUAAUCCAUUGAGAACAAAUCUGUCGAUAUUACUAUCGUCUGAUAACGAUAAUCCCAACGUAACUCUAUCAUUGCCGAGCGUAUUUCCAAAAUUUUUGAAAGUUACCAGCCGGAAUACGAGUGUAGUUGAACAACUGCUGCAUAUUCCAUCGCAAAAUUAUUUGCAAGAUGAUGAAGUUGAAUACGGGGUCAAUAAUAUGUACCGGAAUGUCACAUUGCAGUUAGUAUCUGAGGUUGGCCAGCAAUGGUGGAUGGUCCAGGAACAGUGCAACGAUGAUUUGUACAAUAAGAUACUGAAAAAUGUCCCACUCAAUGACUGCAGCAACAAUGUUGUCAUGUUUUUGUUCAAUGAAAAAGCAUUUCCGGAAGGGCUGAGUUUCUUCAGCGGCAUGGGCAUUCUUGGUCUAUACACCACUGCUGUAAUUGUCGUCAGCCAAAUAAUGAGACGAGUUGUCAGUGACAUGGCGCCAAAAAUUAUGUUCGAUGACAUGCCGUAUGUUGAUAGAAUAUUGAAGUUAUGUUUGGACAUUUAUUUGGUACGCGAGAGCAAAGAGUUGAGUUUAGAGGAAGACUUGUUUGCUAAACUUAUAUUUUUGUAUCGGUCUCCUGAGACACUGAUCAGGUGGACGAGGCCACCUGAGGAAAACGGCGACGAUGACGUCGACAACGGAAACGGGUUCAAUGAACCGGAUGAUGAUGAUGAUGUUAGAGUGAGGAGGAGAAAUAAUGAAGGACAGAGUGAGGCGUAGGUUAAUGAAUUUUAUUAUUUAUUUAGAAGGCAGCGAUAUUUUUUUUUAAAAUAAACUAUAACUUCUUGAAAGUAAAUAAUAAAAUAGAAUAAGUUUUACGAAUUUAAUUAAUAGGUCAGUUUGAGAUUCUAAGACUCUGAUGCAUUUUUUUAUACGUGGCCAAAGAAAUAUGAAAUGACAAUUGACAUUUUUUUUUAUGCAGAUUCAAUUUAAUUGAUUUUUUAUUUUGAUUAAUAAAUGAAUUUUUUUCUCAUAUUUUAUAAUUGAAACGUAAUUCAAAUUAAUACGUAGAUUCUGUGUAGAAAAAAUUCGUUAGAAAAAAAUUCGACAUGUGGAAUUUCUAAAUUUGAUACAGAUUAGAACUUUUGUAAUUUUGGUGGUAAAAGAAAAGUUUAUUUAGAAUUUUAUAAGCGAAUUUUGAGUAAAAAAAAAUGAACGUUUUGAAAAAUUUCCCAUUAGAAACCAAUAGUCCGAUAAAAAUUUAAAACGUCCAUAAAAAUUUCCAAGUUAGAGGUUUUGAAUUUUUUCGUAACGAGGGUAAAAUUUAGUAAAAAUACUUUUUCAAAAUUAUGUUUUAAAAACGUUUUUUUUUUUUUUUUUACUUAAAAUUCGCUCAGGAAAUCUUAAAUAACUUUUUUUUUACUAUCAAAAUUACAAAAGUUCUAAUCUGUCUCAAGUUUAAAAGUUUCACAGAUUGAAUUUUUUUUAAAUAUUUUUGGGAACGAAUUUUUUUUUACACAGGUAAUUAAUUCAUAAAAUGAAUUAUUAUAAAUUUAUUGAUUACUGGUAUUUUAAUUGUUAAUUAUUCAUCAAUAUAAAGUGGUAUUGCAUACUAACUGCCAAAAUAAUUUCUUUUAUAAAGUAUAUUUAUAUUUAUUACCGUAUGUGUGAACUUAUUUUAUUAAUUAUUGUCAAUUAUAUAUAAAUAAACUCAUUAUAUAUCAUUAGUAGUUUAUAUU